AAGCUUUACAAAACAUAUUUCACAGUGUAAAUUUUCAUUUAAAAAGCGUUAUACACAUUUCAAAUUUAGGAGUGGACUUAACUUGAAUAUUUUCAACGAUAGGUCAUUCUUUCGAAGAAUCAACCCGGACGAUACCAUGUUUCAAUGAAAUAUGCUCCAAGGCAUAAAAUAAUGACCUUUGUGAGAUAUGCAGUGUUGUUCACUACGAUUGGACUUCUCAAUAAGCAGAUGACAGGUGUCCUGUUCUAUAGUCUGACUACGAUUGGUUCGUUUUUAAAUAUAGUACUAGGACAUGUCCUUGCUGUUAGUGCAGGUAACGAUACUACAAUCCAUAAUGUCUCCUGUUUUACAUUCGAUUGGGAAGAAUACGUCCUCUGCAGUUGGGAUUAUAGUACCAAAUUUAACAGCCCAAACGUCACAGUAAAAUGGCACUUAUUGGGUUCAUCAGCUUGGAACGAUUGUCCAGAUUUAGGAAACAAAUCAUGUAAAUGGAUAAUUCCCAAAGACAUUGACGGUGACAUAAAAUACAACGUUUGCAUCAAGUUAUCUCAGAGUGACAAACGUCACUGCGUUCUUGUUGACAUUCAAAGUCAAGUAAAACCUAGUCCCAUUCGUCAAAUUGAGAUUCGUGUUAUCAACUCAACGUCUGCAACUCUUCAAUGGCCGCAGAACAAAGUAUAUUAUAAUAAGUCAUUUCAAGUCAAUAUAACGAGGAGUGGAAAAUUAGUAUCAAGGAUAUCAUUUAAUGUUACGUCUUUACCAAGUCAAAGUUAUGCGGAUGGAUAUUUCGUUAUCUAUUCUUUAAACCAUAUAAACAUCACCAUAAACGGACUUUCUAAGUAUACAGAGUAUGGUAUAGUCAUUAACUGUAAGCCUUUAGAUAAUGGCUUCUGGAGUGAUGGAUUUAAUACCACCCUGACGACUUCCAAAGAUGUGCCCUCCACUCCACCAUUGAUCUAUGAUGGAUGUUAUUCAAUUCAAACUACUAGGUCGUCCAGCGAACGAAUCACAACAAUAUACUGGAUGCCAUUGAACAAAAACAACUGGAGUGGGGAAAGAAUUUCAUACAGAGUGAAAAUAUUUCCGAAUGAUAGUUCAUUCCAAAUAGAAGAAACAAGGAAAUUUUCUUUCAGUUUUAAAACAAAUGAAACUGCUGAACUCUCUGUUUUGGUAUGGUCAGAAAACGAAAAAGGGUUGUCGCAACAACACUCUAAAUUAUUGGUGGGAAACAAAGAUUUAAUACAUAACUCCGUGAUGGUUAAAGUUGAUGACCAAAGAUAUAACAUUUCAUGGUUGCCAUUAACCCAUCAACUUGGUAAAAAAUACUCAUUAUUUUGGUGUGAACAGGCGUUUAGUUUGGUCUGCAAGACGUCACCACAAACGGUAGAGUUCAAUACGACCUAUCCAACCGUCUAUAUCCCAGACAUCAAUCAUUCUGUGCGGUAUUUAAUAGGAGUAUCAUAUCAUUAUCUAAACCAAACGUCAGGAUUUGUAUGGUCAGAUUGUGUUUUUAUUGGAAACAGUUUGAGUUUAGAAUUAGAUGUUGUAUUUCGUCCCAUUAUAAAUCUUAGACAGCUUGAAGUUUAUUGGUACUUUGAAAAGUGUAACUUUCCAGAAGUCAAGAAUUUAGUAAAAGCAUAUGAAGUAACAGCAUGUGAAGACAAAUAUUGUACAAAUGUUACGUUGGCUGGUACGGAAACUUCAUUAAGAUUAUCACUGAUGAACAUUUGUAUAAGCAUCACGCCUUAUACAGUUCAUGGAAAAGGUGUUCCAUAUAAGACAUGUUAUCUAGGUGAAGAAACAGGAUAUAGAAAGAAAAGGAAUUUAACUGCGUUCUAUAUUGUAAGUGUGUCCGUUGCUGUACUAUGCUGUCAUAUUGCUGUAAUAAUUAUUUGCAGAAAAUAUAGAAGAUGGAGUAGAGGUCUUACAGAUAUAGAAACUACCACUGUUGUACCAAGCACCAAUCGCGCAAUUUUGAAUGGACGAGUGCGUAAUGGUGAUAAUGGUUUCUCUGGUGUGCCACUUAUUUCACCGCGAUCAACAAUAAACGUUUCUAAUGUCGCCUUUUAUGGAUUUACACCGUGUAAUCAGGUAAAAGGAUCACCAUUGAGUGAAUCGUCCACUACCGAGGAAGACACACCCGAAACUAAUUUGUCAGCUUUUACUUCAUCUGGUGCUUCUGGCGAAACCUUGCGAUCCCCAGUAACAAAUGAAUCUUCUUUUGAUAUUUCAAUCGAAUCCUACGUGGAUGAACAGCAACUUCAACCAAGCUAUUCUCCAGCGGCUCGUCAUAUCUUACGUACAAAAGGGAAUUCACACGUAUCGGAGACAAUUUUAGAAUAUUCUUCCUUAAAAGAUACAAAUAACUGUUCAAAUGUGACAACUGCUUCUCCGCAAACUAAUGUAUGUGAUAACAUGUCGUUAUUACCUACGAAACAAUGUGCAUUUUCUACUUCGGAAAUAGACUCAUACGUUGUUGAGAACAUUUUUUUAGAUACUAAUUGUUCAGAUAGGCGCCGAUCGGACGCAAGUAACUGUUUGAAUGUGCAUUGUAAUUCCGCAGAAGAGUUGGAAAGGUUAAAUCCAGUAGAAAAGUUACAAAUACAUGGCGCAAGUAAUUAUUCGAAAGCUCAACUUAAGUUACCGGAUUCCUUUGUUGCUGAUUCAGACAGUGAUCACACACAAGAAACAAGUGACUGUUUAGAAGAGUGUCUUUCUUCCCCUCACAUUAACAUUGGCUUAUCUCUGGAAGUUAGAAAAGAUGCAAAAUCAUCAAAUCAAAGAAAAAGGGAUAUUUUAGAAAAUAAUAAAAUUUCACCUUCAUCAAAGACAACUGAUUUUUACCUUAACAAUGAUAGUGUUACAGAAUCAGUUAAUUUGAAUGUACAACAACAAGCCACUGGCUACAUAAAAGAGCCUUUAAUGUCCCCACAACCAAUCACUGGGGAUUCAAAUUAUUCAUGAAAUAAUGACUUAUUCAACAGAGCAGAUAAAACUAGAGGCGUACAUUAAGAGUUGAGCAGGAUCAGCACUUUAGGCAACAACAUUUGUUCAUUGAGACAAAAGUACACGAUAUGGGGACUAAGUAGAAAACUAGAUUUCCAAAAGUCCAAUAUUGUUGUUUUAGGUUUGUCCAAAAGAAAGCCCGCAGGCACUGGUUUAAAAAGAAUCGUUAUUUCUGUUCCGCAAGCCAAGUCUGUAAUCAGCGGUUAUAAUAUAAAUUAUUCCUUAAAUUCUAAUUAUGAAUUAUCAACUGUGUUUGAAAGGUAUACGGGUCAGUUUUAUGAUGAUCUCUCAUUUGUUGACUACAUGAAAUUGUAUAGUGUAUCAUUGAAAUAGAUAAUGUCCCGAAUCGUUAAAUACCUUAAUAUAAGGGAUUGCGUAUUAAGUUAUGGUUUUCUUUAAUUUAUAUAUUACAAAUAUACGUUUUUUAUUGAUUAGAAGAAGAAUAAAUCCAGCUUUCACUUGUAA